CUACUUAUAGUUUUCUAAUAUAUUUUUGCAGAUUUAUUUUCCUUUUAGCCAGCACAUUCUCUUGCUUCUCAAUAGUCACAGAACGAUUGGAGGGUGUCUGGAAUCGAAGCGUUGUCCAAGGGGUCAGAACAGAAGAAAUUCUACUGUCUCACAUUGUUGUUGGUAGUAUCAUCACAGUUAUCCAAAGCAUUACGUUGAUACUCAUAUUCUUCCCUAUAUGGGGUUUGGAAUGUAAAGGAUCGAUAUUCGCUGUAAUCCUCCUUAUGUUUCUCAGCGGGUUUUGUGGAUUGAUGUACGGUUUCAUUAUCUCUGUGUUUUGCACAAAUAUGUAUGCGGUAUGCUUUGCUUCAGCCGGAAGUUUUUUGCCGAUGGCACUAAUGAAUGGAUCGUUUUGGCCAUUGGAGGGAAUGCCGAAAGUGCUUUACUGGAUUAGUUGCCUAUUGCCAACUACAUUGCCCUGCAUAUCUGUGAGAGGAAUUAUUUUCAAAGGAUCUUCCAUAUCUGAUUCUGAAGUUUAUAUUGGCGUUUUAAUAUCAUUAGGAUGGAUAAUGCUGUUUUUCGUCGUAACUCUACUUGGUAUAAGAAUGAAAUCCUAGUAAUAUUAUCAAGACACCCGGUAUCCUGGUGGACUGCCUGGAUACCGUCGCGUAGCGGUUCAUUUCGGAAAACAUCACGUUUAUCAAAUUAAGUGAAUCACGAGACACGGUAGUGUCUCGCGCCAAGUAUAAGCGUAGCUAGAACG